AUGCAGUCAGAAGCUAAGAAGACUCGGCCAAUAUCACCCAACUCCCAAGAAAGCCUCAUAUUCUCGGAUGAUGAAGAUACGGGCAAAACAGUAUUGGAGACACGAGGAAACUGGAAACCACAACCCUGUCAAAAGAGAACAGCUUCCAGUCUCACAGAUUCCCCACUCAGCACUCUACGAAAGGGACCAGCUGGUGUGGCUUCCAAGGACGAAUGGGCUGAUAGCAGUGAUGAAGAGGAAAACAUCAAACGCACCCGCAUUUCAAAGCGAGGAGGCAACAUGUCUAGAUCCAAAUCCGCCGGUGGCAACGACGCGGACACAAUCGAAGUCAAGAAAGCGUCAACUUCUUCUCGUUUGUCCAUGACCGUGGCCAAACCAGCAAAGCACUCAAAGAGAGUUAUGUCGAUGUCAAAGAAUGCCGUUGACCACCGCAAACGCAAGAACAUCGAAGAAAACUACAGGAAGAAAGUGUGCACCCUUAUUGACGCCGAUAUCCUUGAGCGCGUGAGGGAAGAAGGUGGAAUUACACCAGCCGGGAGGAUGUACAAGGCUGCCUACACAAUGUUGACACGCCUUAGAGGCCAGAAGAACGCAGGUGCGACCAGUUUGAGGGCCGAAAAUGAAGCCUUAAGGGCCAAAAUUGCGGAAGCGGCCGAGCUGCUAAGGUCUUUCUUAGAACAGAAGACCAUUCAACACUUCUAA